GUGCCCAAAUACCGAUUCCCUCAGUCUGCCUUCAAGCUUCGUCUUCGUGAAAUCUUGGAUUGGGGUUUUUCUACAAUGGUGUAUUCACAUUCGUCUGCAAGAACAACGAUGGAGAGUGGACCGCUAAGCAGUACGAAGGUGAGUUGGAGGCCUCUGCCUCCUCCAUCUACGAGCUCCAGAGGAAGCUCGUCUAGACGGCUCUGGCCAACGACUCAUCCGGUGGCGUUAGCUCCUCAUUCUCUCUCAUCACCCCCUCUUCGGCCGUUUGCCAGGCAGGUGAUUAUUAGUGCUGUAGGUGGUGGGGCUUUUGUUGGAGGUGGAGCAGCUGCUGCUUCUGGUGGAGGUGCACCUGCUGCUGCCGCUGCUGAAGAGCCUAAAGCUGAAGAGAAAAAGGAAGAAAAGGAAGAGAGUGACGAUGAUAUGGGAUUCUCACUCUUCGAUUAAGUACAUUCAUAUAUAUCUUUGAAUAUGUUACAUGUUGGUCUGUUUUUGAGGUUUUAUAUAUAAUCAGUUUACCCAAAGUGUUGAAUUAGGCUGGAAUGAUUGGGGUUUUUGAGUUAGGACAUGGCCAUGUUGAACAGAUUUUGUUUUGACUCCUUUUCUUUGUUAAGUAUCUAUGUUUAAAUUACAAAGUCGUUCCUUGUUUACAAAUAGAUUGUUGCUUGACUC